AUAAGUCUGAGUUGCCGUCAAGUUAUAAUUUUCGGCACUCGUCUAGAUCCUCCAUCCAUCUCGAUAUGUUGAUACCUGUCGUUCAAAUUUUGGCCUUUGCCGUCUUGGGCCAAGCAGUCGUGGCAAAGCCUCGAGAUGCUGUCAAAGACUUGCAAAGACAGGCGAUUGUAAAUUUGAAAAAUAUCAAAUCGAACGAAACUCAAGCAUGCUCUGUAUCCAAUGCUGCAGUCCGAAAAGAUUGGGACGCGAUGUCAGGUAAAGAGCGCAAAGCAUAUACAUCAGCCGUACAGUGUUUGCUCGACUCUCCUUCGAAAUCCGAUCCGAUAUUGGUCCCGGGUGCGCGCAACAGAUACGAUGACUUUGUGGCCCAACACAUCAAUCAAACUCUUAGCAUUCACGGGACGGGUAACUUUCUGACUUGGCAUCGCCUCUUCGUCUUCUCGUAUGAGAAGGCACUACGAGAAGAAUGUGACUACGCUGGGUACCAACCGUACUGGAACUGGUUUUCCCACCAGGAUGAUCUGAAGCAGUCCCCUGUCUUUGACGGCUCUGCCACAAGCAUGAGCGGUGAUGGUUCCUAUGUUUUUCACAAUGGCAGUGUAGGCGGUGCCGGGGCCAUCUUCCUCCCAUCUGGAAACGGAGGCGGCUGUCUGCAGGACGGGCCCUUCAAGAGUAUGACUGUCAACCUUGGCCCGGUAUCUCCCACAAUGAGGGGCCAGGCGAAGGUCAACGGCAGUCUAUCAUACAACCCUCGUUGUCUGAAGCGUGACCUGACCAUGUACGCGUCAUCGAAUUGGCUGACAGUUGAGAACUUCUUGAACUUGACCAGAGGAGAUGCGUCGAAAUCCAUCAAGUUGUUUCAGAACGAGCUCCAAGGGCGUUUUUCCGAUGGCUUUCUCGGCCUCCACGCUGCUGGUCAUUUCAGUAUCGGUGGUGACGCUGGAGGCAUCUUCUCAUCGCCGGUAGAUCCUGUAUUUUUCCUGCACCACGCUAUGCUCGACAGGGUGUACUGGAUCUGGCAAGCGUUAUAUUUGGAACAAGCGGAUACAAUUGCGGGCACGAUUACGCUCAACAACAACCCACCAAGUCGCAACACUACAUUGGAGGACUUGAUCCAUGUGAACUAUCUGAAUGUGGCCGACAUACCGAUUGGGCAUCUCAUGAACACCAUGGGGGAGAAACCGUUGUGCUACAUCUACCAGUGAGAGGUUAGAAUACGUGCAUAGGAUCUGAUGAAGAAUGCUUAAAUCAUGAUGUUGAUGCAUUAGAAUUA